AUGGCAGCGCGAAGACCAGCCAUACGCGGCAUAAUCCUCACACUCCUCCUCGCCCUCAUCCACGCCGCCAGCGCAGAUCAAGUCUACUACUUCACCGGCGCCAUAUGGCUCAAAGGCCAGAACCACGGCUCCUACGCCGUUCCCGCCCAAUGUCCCGCCGACCACCCCAUAGGCUGCAGUGACAUCGGCGCAGCCGACUACUGCUGCCCCUCCGGCCAAACCUGCCAAUGGGCCGACUCCAAACCCGCCUGCUGCCCCAACGGCUGCACCUGCACCGGCUUCGCAGGCGCCGGCGCCGGCGGCUACCACGCCACCUCCUGGUACGCUACCACCACCGAAUGGCAGCCGCAGACCACCUACGUCGCGCCCGCCCCGCAGCACACGUCGUACGUGGCGCCCGCGGGCGCGGCGGGCGGGUAUCAGCAGUAUUGCUCGACGCUGUACGCGCAUGGGCCGAAUCUGCCGACGACGGCGCAGGGGGACUGCGGGACGAUUUUGGUGAUGGAUCCGGAUGAUGUGCCCAGUGGGGCAGAAGGGGGGAGGGUCAAGGGGGUGGGGUAUGGGCGGUUGGGGGUGAUGGUGGGGGGGUUGCAGGUGCUGGGGGGAAUGUUGUUUUUGAGGAGGUGGUGA